AUCAGAAGCUGGUUGACACGUGAGAGGUUUUCUCGCUCUAGGGAGGUUCCUCAAGCAGUCGCUAUGUCAACAGACACAGAUGCUUCUCUUUCUUCAAAUGAUGAAGAUCAGGGAUCCAGACUUAUUCGAAAAGCUAAAGAGGCACUAUUCGUACCCGUUGGAAUAGCAGGUUUUGCAGCACUUGUUACAUAUGGAUUAUACACAUUGAAGAGCAGGGGAAAUACUCAAAUGUCCCUUCAUCUGAUCCACAUGUGUGUGGUCGCCCAAGGCUUUGUUGUAGGAGCAACGACUGUUGGUAAGGGCUGUUCCGUGUAUCGGGAAUUCUGGGCAAAACCUAAGCCUUAGAAGAAGAGAUGCUGUCUUGGUCUUGUUGGACGAGCUUGCUUUAGUUAGACGUCUCAUUAUUGAAGUUAUGUGUUAUUCUGGAAAAUAAACUAUUUCAGUGGGUUUGGAUGGUAACACAGUAUUUUGAAUAUUGGCUUCCUUUCUUGCAGGCUUGAUUUGCCUGGUAACCAAAUUACUAGUGACUAGUUUACUAACUAGGUCAUUCAAGGAAAUCAAGUUAGCAUAAAAGAAACAUGUCACCUAAAUGCACUAGAUUGUGUCGAAAUGUCCAUCUUCUUAAACUGUGAAGAUGAACUUAGUUCUAAAGAAGAUAACGGGCCAACCCUGAAGUACUCCCAGUUUGCUGCAGGAUCUCACAUGUUUUGGAUGUUAUAUAACAGUUCUAUUUGCCCCAGUUAAUUUAACUUUUUUUCUGCCUGUCUUGUGG